AUGCCGGCCAUAUACCACGGGGCUGGGCAUCGAGAAGAAGGCAGACAGACGGUGCUCGAUAAGGCUGGCCUGUCCCGUCUCAUUCACUCUCCUCUCUCUGUUCCCGUCUUCUCCCCUCCCGGGUUCCCCCAGAGGACGAGGCCGGCCGUGGCGUAUCACCAGCCAGCCAGCGCUGCUCGCUCGACGCUUGUUGACGCACGGCAUGGCAUUUCACGCAUGGCCAGGCUCUCUCAGGCCGCCAUGAAGCACACACUUGUCAUGUCCAUCCCCGCUUUUCCCGGGCCUGUCCAAGAUGAGAUUCGUGUCAUUCGACAGGGAGUGCCUUGGCCGCCUAAGCGAGCGGUGGGAAUUAGGCGCAAAGACUGUCUGUCCGCACUGCACUGCACUGCACUGCAGCGAGGACGGUCCGGAGUCGUGAUGGAUCGCUGCGCUGCUACUGCGCUGCUACUGCAAGGCAAUCAAUUGGUGCUACCGCCAGCGAAACGACGAGACCCGGAGGCGAUGCGCGAUUGCGAUGCGAUCCAAUGCGAUUUGAUGCGAUGCGAUACGAUGCGCUACUCUGGUGGCAGGUACCGCAUACCUGCUGCACCCGCCCGCCUUGCGAGCUUGUGCUCCCGGGCCUGUGCCGCUUGUACCUCCAGACUCGUACCCCCGUUGCACUCAAACCCUCACGAACGCCUCCGGCUCGCGCAAGUACCUGUACGUACUCGUACCUGUACUCGCGCUGCUGGCCCGCUGAUUGGCCCGCCGCCCAAGGCACGGCGAAAUGAGUGGCUGGUGCAGGAAGGCGCGCGGGCAAUCGGAAGGCCAACGCGAGGCGGAUGGCGGCCGCUGAUUGGCUGCAGCCGGAGCCCCAGCAGUUCCCAGCCGGGUGUCUCUGGCUUCAUUUCUGUUUUAUCGGAAGCUGCUCACCAGCGGCACGAAUACAAGUACCAGUACCGGCAACAGUACCAGUCCUCGUCCCAGCACCAGCAUCGGGGCCUACGGAGCAGAGCCCCCGCGUCGUCCGUCCGUCUGUCUGUCUGUCUCUGCGGAAGGCACGGUAACGGCAUGCGCUGGCCCGUGCGCCGCUCAACCUGCUGCGGACUCCCGUUACGCACGGUGCGACGACGCUCGACACUCGAAACCGGACACUAUGCGCUGUGCGACACCACGGCAUGCAGCGCACAGUGCGGCGAUGCGUCACGAACCGGCCCCUCGCACGGCCACGCCCCUCUGCGCCCCCGGCCCCGAUGGCGCCACUCGAAUUGGUGUAUCAGUACCCCGCCCCAGCCUCACACUUUGCCUGCGCCAAAAGUAUCGGAUCCAAAGCAUCAUCACACGCCCCCCCUCUGGCUGCUGCGCCCCACCUCUUCCUGCCGCCAAGCUUUUCCCGUGCCCUCGUCACUGAUCCUGGCCGCUUGCCUCCCUCCCACUUGUCCAGUCCAGGUCGCGCAACUUCUCUCUCCCCUUCCCCCCUUCCCCCCCAAAAAAGAGACCCAGCACCAGGCAGGCCAAAACAUCUACUUCGUCCCCCAGAAAAAAAAAACCCAACCGAGUUACUUGGGCUCCAAGUACCAUCAUCACUCUUCCACCCCCGAAAGCGCCUGGCGACUCGACCUGGCCAUUUCCAUCGCACGCUUCUGCAACGGUGCUCCACUGGCACUUCAGCUUUCAGCUUCAAACCGUCCUGCAGAGGCCCGACCAUCGCAUCGCAGCGCAUCGCCUCGCAUCGUGUGCCCCGAGUGA